ACUGAUCACCUGACACUUCCUGUCACAGAUCACCUGACACUUCCUGUCACAGAUCACCUGACACUUCCUGUCACUGAUCACUUGUAAACAAGGCACACUCCAUGUGAUGAAAAACUUCCUCCUGGAUUAAGACGUCUUUAAUGUGAGCUUUAUUCUGACAGUACAGUGAUCAACUUCCUGUCCCUCAUCAGAUCAGACCUGAUGAGCCGAUCACAGAUCAGUUAAUGAGUCGAGAAAAUAGUCCUUUUACAAAAUAACUCUUUGUCCUGUGAUUCGUUCUGGACCUCUCAACCUCUCGCAGCAUUCAUCAGCUGUUUGCAGGGCAGAGCUCCGCCCAUGUGAUCAGGUGAAGGGGCGGAGCUCCGACCAUGUGAUCAGGUGAAGGGGCGGAGCUCUGCCCAUGUGAUCAGGUGAUUAUUGAAUGAAUUGUUUACGAGUUUGUUUACAUCUUUGUUUACUUGUGUUUGUGUUGCAGUGCUUCUGGUCGUGUCGGUGUCGGCCUUCGUGGAAGAGCUCGAUGAUUCCUUCAUGGAGACAAGAGCAGCAGACGACAUCUGGCUCAUCAAAUGCUCUGCUCUGUGUGUCUCUGUGUGUGCAGUUUUACGCCCCCUGGUGUUCGUUCUGUAAACAGCUGGAUCCAGUUUGGCAUCAGAUCGGUUCAGAGCUGAAGAGUCUCGGCUCGCCCGUCAACGUGGGAAAAUCAGACGCCACAGCCAGCACGGGUUUGGCCAAAGAGUUCAGGGUCAAAGGUUAUCCAGCCAUCCUUAUGCUGAAGAAGGAUGUGAAGUAUAAUUACUCAGGACCCAGAACCAAAGACGGGAUUCUGGACUUUGCUAACAGAGUGGGAGGGCCACUGGUUCGAGCCCUGAGCAGCCCAAAGCUCUUUCAACACGCAUUGAGCCGCCAUGAUGUGAUGAUUGUAUAUGUGGGAGCUACAUCACCACUGAAGGGAAACUUCACGUCAGUGGCAGAGGAACUGAUCGUUAGCACCUAUUUCUUCUCAACAUCCAGAGACGUCCUGCCAAAGGUGGUCUCACUGCCCUCGCUGCCCGCUGUGCUGGUUUUUAAAGAUGGAACCUUCUUCACCUUCGACGAGGAAGUCGACGGAGAUCUGAAGUCAUGGAUCAACAGAGAACGUUUUCCAUACUACUUAAAGAUCGACAGCUACACCCUGUACGCCAUGGGUGAGACAGGUAAACUAGUGGUGUUGGUGCUGGUGGAGAAAAGGCCAUGUGACAAAAGUCUGAGGUAUAAAACUCUCCUGGAGAAAGUGGCUGCAGAUUACAGAGAGACCUACAGCAGGUCCUUCUAUUUUGGUUUCAUGGAGGACUCUAAUUACAUUAAUGGACUUGUGAUGGAUGAUGUCAUUGUUCCCUCCUUCGUCGUUGUAAAUCUGUCCAAUGACGGAUACUUCCUGCCACUUGUCGCCGUGGAAACAGAGCGUCACCUGCUGGACUUCUUGGACGGGGUUCUGGACGGCAGCGUCCAGGCUCUGGGAGGAAACAGCAUUUAUCAACGCAUCAGACGAGCUGUUCAUGGUGUUAAGACCACACUGCAGCCCGUGUUCACACAGGCGCCGCUGCUGGUCUGCGUCCUGGUGGGCAUUCUGCUCACCCUCACUGCCGUCUUCUGCUACCUGUGCCUGAAGAAACGACCCACCAUUUGUGAAGACGAAGACGAUGGCGACGGUGCGCUGUUAGCUCCAGCAGUCCAGCGCCGCAUAAACAAAAAGUCUGACUGAAGAAUAAGGAGGAAAAGAGGAAGUGAUCAAGAAUAAAAGAUGACAUCAUGUUGGUGUGAAAUGAAAUGAAAACAGUUUGAAUCAUCAGCUCUGAAUUAAAAUGACUUAAAGUCAA